CAUUUUAAAUGACCUACCCACCACUCCUAUGAUUUAUAUAAAUUAAUUUAUAUAAUUAUGUUGCGGCUAUAUUAUUAAGCUUUCAGCAAAUUAAUCAAAGUAGAUCGUUUAGCAAUGACUCCACAUCAAUAUUGGAUUGCGGCUGGCAAAGGGAUGGAACGUCCAUAUACUGGAGAAUAUUGGUUUGUAAAUUUUAUAAUCUAUUUAAUCAGAAUCAAGAAGUUGGUACCUAUCAUUGUAAACAUUGUGAGAAUCAAUUAUUUUCAUUUGACACGAAAUACAAAUCAACUACAGGAUAUGCAUAAUUUUGGAAUCACAUUCCUAAUAGUGUCAAAUUAGAGGAAUCCAACAUUAAAGUAAUUAUCUUAUUACUACAUUUUAGGAAGAAAGAGACCUGUGUUGUGCUGGAUGUGAUAGCUUUGUUGGAAAGGUCUCUUUCGAUGGACCUCCUCCAUCAUUCAUCAAAUAUAGUAUUAAUUCAGCUGCCUUAAAUUUCAAAUUGAAACCCUUCUAGGAAGACCCUUACUUUAGAAAAAUUGCUAGAAAAGAACAAUAGGCUUAACGUUCUAAGAAAGUGGAACAUAAUUAUUUAGAAAGCAAUAAAAAUUUGUGAUUUAUAUAUUAAUCAAAAUAUUAUAUAGAGUGAUAAGGC